CAUUUAGCGUCAUUUUGCCGGGAAUGUCGGACCACGUGUGUCCUGCCGGCGUGCUUGCGAUUCAUUGCUUUUCAUCCUGAAACGAGUCGGUCCAGGGGAGUAUACUUGCAAGAUGGCGGUGCGGUGGGGAGCAGCAGGCGAGGAGACUUUAACUGCCUGCAAUAUGGAUUUCUUCCCCAUGGAUACACUAGACGAGGCUGAUGGGUUGAGCUCUGGGGAAACCCUGGAGGCCCUUCAAAGCUGCUUAGACCCCUCCAUCCUUUCUAUAUUUGAGGACACCCCAACAACAGAGACUAAAGGAAUAGAUGAUGAGAGUGAAGCCACGCUGCUAACCGCCCUGACUGAAAUUCUUGACAAUGUGGAUGAUGAAAACCUGUCCCCGUUUGACACACUGCCUGACUCAGACCUAUUGUCAGGUCAGAAGGGCAGGGAACACUCUCCGCUCAGGAGAUUGCUGUGUCUGUCCCGUUCCCCCCCAGAGAAAGAUACACUAUGUAGUGCAAGACCUUUAUCAACUGGAAAGAGCCUCCCCAGGAUACAGUCAGACUCUCUGCAGAGAAGUGAUGGGGAAGAGGAGGAAGAUGGCUCUCUCACUCUGAGCCCAGUGAGCCACGAUUCGUCUCCUGACAACGACCUGCUUGGCUGGGAAGGUCUGACCCUCCCGCUUCCUGUCACCUUUGAGCAGGAGUGUGAGGAUGGUGUUUCAGUGAGCCUGGGGGACUUGGUCAGGCAUAUGCACCCGUACUGUAUGGCCAUUUGUGUGGAGAAUGACGAGGGGGAACAGAUGCUGCCCGAAGGAGGCAUCUUACUGGAGGUUGUAGACCAGGGGGAAAAUGGAGAGCCCAUCCUGGCCAUCCCAGACAUGGACCUCCCUGUCUCUCUGCCACUUAAAGAGCAGUCUUCAGAAAAUGAGCAGAAAGUUUCAGAGGAUGCAGAAGAAGUGGCCUCAGACAGUUCUGAGCAUAUAGUCGUCGAUGAUGAUGACGACGACGACGACAACAAAGAUGAAACGGUCAGCGAGGUUCCAGUGAAAAUUGCAUCCCCAGCAACAUCAGAAUCAUCUUCAGAUGUGAAAGAUGAGAUGAUCGUAAAGAAAGAGAAGGAAGAGAUUAAAGCGAAAAGCCCCUCCCGGAGAAAAAAGAAAAAGAAAUGCAAGAAAGAGUGCCAACCCGAACCUGUGGAGGGAAGGGUCCUUAGGAGUGGCUCGAUAAGAAAGACAGCAGAAGAAUUGUCCAAAAAGCCUGAAAAAAGGUUAAACAAAAAAGAGAAGAAAGUCCCAAAGGUUCCAGUUGCCUCAGCUCCUGCUUCUUCCUCUUCAAAACCUAAGAAAUUAGAUUCAUGCCAAACUGAAACACAACCUGAGGUCACCACAACAAUGUUGUCACCUGAAAUUAGUGUGAAAGUUGCCACAUCUGUGUCACCUAGACAGGACACAAUGCUGUUAAGUGCUAGCCCUGAGAGGAGCCAACCUAGCUGUCCACCCACAGCAGCGAUUUCCCCGCAGCCCGAUGAAAUGGCUGAACAGACGGCAACAGCUACUGACAAGCCGGAAGAUUCAUCAGCAGCUCCCUCUGCUGUCCUGCCUGCCACCCAGGCAGCGCCAGUGUCUCCAGACUGCCCUGCAGCUGCUCCCAGCACCGAAACAUCCCAAGUGACACCAGCUGUUAGCGAGGCCCUCCCUCCUAUGGCUCCUGCAGUCCCAGAGCCAAAGCCCAAGUCCCUCAGCCUAGCGGAGUACCGGCGGCUCAGACAGCAGAAAAAACCUGCACCAGUGGAAAAACAGGACGACAACAGCACCAAGUGGCCCAGCCUUCCAGAGCUCCCCAAAGAGCUCCCCCCUAUUCCCUGCCUGCCUGACCCCAGCCCUAAAGAUCCUCGACGCCCCAACCCCCAGGCAGCGAAGGUGGAAUUGGAGGAGAUCAGACCUGCCUGGCAGCCAAGGGGACCGUGUGCACCACCCACCCCCGAGGCGCUGUUGGUGCCACCAUCCUACAUGGUGGCCUCGUCCAGCAAGGUUCCCGCUGCUACUGCUGCUGUUCGCAAACCUCAGCAAUCACCAGAACCCCAAACAGUUUUGACCCCUAAACCUACUCUAUCCCAGAAUCCUUCAGGAGGAGUGCCUAGUUCAGUGAAAAAUGUACCCGCACAUCAACCCACUGCAGCUCAGCCUGCAGUACCAUGUGUGCCUCAGAGUUCUGGAUCUCAAUCUUCUUUAAAACCAUCCACUCAGCUCAUGCCAUCAGCAGGCGGGAGGUGUCCUCCUACGCUUUCAGGAGAUAAGAGUGAAGUCAUCGAAAGGCAUCAAUCUCAGCCUGUAUCUCCUAAGUCUGUAGAGCUCAGUAAAACCUGUUCUAAAACCACUACAGAGGCAAUCACUGCUACUGUGCCUGCUCCCACUUCCCCCCAGACCACUGUUUCUCAGAAAGCGCCAGAGGUCACUGCUCCUACCGCAUUAAAUAGGCCCAGCACAUCAUCCAAACCCAUAACCACCGAUACCCAGCCCUGUUCUACUCUGGCUACACAUCCCAUGUACUUCCAGAGCGAAAAAGCGGAAUCUAUUGUGCUUGAAGCAAAAAAGAAACCCACUACAGCAGCGGUACCUCCAAAGGCAAAGAGCCCCACACAGGAGCUGAUCGAGUCCUUCACCAGUGAGAUAGGUAUUGAAGCUGCUGAUCUGACCAGCCUGCUGGAGCAGUUUGAGGAAACCCAAGCCAAAGAGGAACAAUGUGUGCCGGAGGUCUCUGGUAGAGCAGCAGCUGUAGGAAACUCUAGUGUUGAGUCGGCUCCAGAGAAAACGGUAGUGGACCGUGUGAGAGCUAAUGAUCUCUCAAGUACUGCAGCUCUGACUCCUCCAGCCACUCCUCCCCACCAGAUGUGGAAACCUCUGGCCCCUGUGGCCCUGCUGGGAAAGAGCAAGGCUGCCGAGGCCUCAAAGCCGAGCCCCUCCAAGGUUAUUCAGAUAGAAGCCCGACCCCUGCCCUCAGUCAGGUCCCGCAGCAAACCCACUCCUGCUGUCGCCACUGUAGCCCCCGAGCUAGCGUGCAUGGACCACGACUACUGCCUCCCCAACAAAGGUGCUUCCAGCGGAGAGCCAGGCAAGCGCUGGAAUGUCAAACAGCAAUCUUUCAUCACUAUUAAACCAAUUAAGCAACCCACUGCAACCACUACAAAGACAUCCCCAGCUGCCCCAGAAUCCUCUCUCCAGUCUACCAUAAACCGUGCGCUCACAACCAAAGCGCAAGAAUUUCCACUGACAGAGCCCCUGGAUCACAGGACUGAUAGGAUGGAGAGCAGCUCUGUUCUGGAGACACCUGACGCUUCUCCUGCUCGGCAAGAGAACGAUACCACUGUUAAAGAAGGCGACCUGAGGCACGGGCCUUUCAGCAGGUCCUACCGUCGGCACGCCACUUCUCGCACACCCAGCCCCAAUGAGAGGACUGGAGGCCGGUCUAGAAAAAGAAGAUCCCGUCGUUCUCCCAGCCCUGUGUCCAGCGGUUCAGAAUCGGACUCCCAUUCCUCUAGAUCUCGGUCUAGUUCCCGCUCUCCAUCUAAGAAAAGGUAUCGUCCCCGUCACUCCGAGAGUUCCAGCUCCUCUUCCCGUUCUUCUUCUCGGUCCUCUCCCUCGGUGUCCCGCUCCCCUCCCAGGAGGAGAAGGUACUCAUAUUCCUCUUCUCGUUCUGGCUCAUGGAGUCGCUCCAGAUCGCGGUCUCAAUCCCCUCACAGUCGAGCUCAGUGGAGUAGAAGCAGAGGAUUGUACAGUCCAUCAUACCGGCCCGGCUAUGGUCAAAGGCCACAAAAUGCUGAAGAGGUGAAGAGACGCAAGGAGAAAGCCAUUGAGGAACGGCGGGUUGUUUACAUUGGUCGAAUUCGGGGCACAAUGACCCAAAGGGAACUCAAAGACCGCUUCUCUUUAUUUGGCGAGAUUGAGGACUGCACUCUGCACUUUAGAGAUCAUGGGGACAACUAUGGGUUUGUGACUUAUUACAACACCAAGGAUGCUUUCACGGCCAUUGAGAAUGGAAGCAAGCUGCGCAAACCUGACGAGCUGCCAUUUGAUCUCUGUUUCGGUGGAAGGAGACAGUUCUGCCAGACCAGCUAUGCUGACCUGGAUUGCAGUAGAGAGUACGAACCGAUGCCUGCAAAAGCCAAGUUUAAUGCACUAGACUUCGACACUUUACUGAAGCAGGCCCAGCAGAAUCUGAAGAGGUAACAGGAGGCCUGCCGCAGGAAGCAGCUGACACUUACCUCAGAGCCGAAGGCUGGCUCCUCGACCUGCAACACUUGUCUUUACAUUUAGUUAUUGAAUUAGUUUGUUUUUUUUUUUAUUUUGUUUCUGCAAGCUAACACCUUCUAUUGAAGUGAAGAUUUGUAAUGAAAGUAGUAAAAGAAGUUUAAAAAAAUGGAAUAAGUGAAAUAAGAUAAUUUUUUAAAGGUUUAUUUAAAUGUAAAAUCAAAUUUGAAUUGUAUGGAGAGAGAGAGAGAAUCAUUUUUAAAAGGGGGGAAAAAUAAGUGGAACUCCCUAAAUAUUGGGAGAGGAUGUAAUACAUAUGAAUGUACUACAAACAUAAAUAAAAAGGAGAACCUGAAA